AUGACUCCCUUUGUACAACUUUGGGGGAGACCAUGGAAUUUGGUAGACAUAUCCUCAGCGGCUACUUUACUGGCCCUCUACGGCCUCUGUUUGUUUGCUCCGUUUCAUUUCACCUGGGCUGCCUUUUGGGUGGCUGCCGCACUCUACAUUCUCACAGGUUUGGGAGUCACUCUGGGUUUCCAUAGACACCUUGCGCACAAGAGUUUCCAGCUUCCCAAAUGGCUCGAAUACUUGUUUGUCUAUUUUGGGGUUCUAUCACUUCAGGGAAGUCCGAUAGAAUGGGUGAGCACACACCGGUACCAUCACCAGUUUACUGACACAGAGAGAGACCCUCACAGCCCCUUGAAGGGUUUCUGGUUUAGUCAUAUGGGUUGGAUCCUUGAUAGCACUUCUCGGUAUCGAAAAUAUGGAGAACUGAAGAACGUUGAGGAUAUGAAAAGGCAGUGGUUCUAUAGAUUUCUUCAUCGUACAUACCCCGUACACGUAUUUGUUUCUGGAGCAUUGCUCUAUGCCCUAGGUGGACUACCCUUCUUUAUUUGGGGAACGGGAGUGAGGAUAGUAUAUGUUUUCCACUUCACUUUGCUAGUGAACUCGGCCGGUCACAUAUGGGGAAAACAAGUAUGGAACACCGGCGACUUGUCAAAGAACAAUUGGUGGUUGGGAUGGAUCGCACUUGGAGAAGGGUGGCACAACAACCAUCAUGCAUUUGAAUACUCAGAUCGACAAGGCCUAGAAUGGUGGCAAGUCGACUUCACUUGGUAUGUAAUCCGAGCUUUUCAAGCAAUUGGGUUGGCAACUGACGUCAAAACUCCGACUGAAUCUCAGAUGCGUCGCAAAGCCCUUAAGAAGUACUGA